AUGGUCCGAUGCUGGCGGCCUCAGGGCGGGCUCUUGGGCAGCCUGCGUAAUCACUGCCUGCCGGUCCCUCUUCCAUCCCCACAGCUGAAGGAGAACAUCGAGCAGUUCUUCACCAGGUUCGUGGAGGAGGGGAAAGCCACCGUCCGUCUGAAGGAGCCUGCCGUGGACGUCCGUCUCAGCAAGGCGAAUGCCAGCCAUUUGAAAAACUUCCUGUCAGCUGUGAGGCUGGCUCACCGAGGUACUGAUGUUGAAGCACUGCCACUUGCAGCCCUGGUACCAGCAAAGACAUCAGAAAUUGAAAAACCUAAAACGAAGAUGAUCAUCACAUCACGAAAAGAUUACCCGCUCACCAAGAACUUCCCGUACUUUCUCGAGCACCUCCAGGCCUCGUAUUGUAAGCUUGCCCGAGUUGACAUGCGCAUGCUGUGCCUGAAGAAACUCCUCAAACUGGAUUUGAGCCACAAUCAUAUCAAACAGUUGCCAGCAACUAUCGGUGACCUCAUCUGCCUGCAGGAACUUCACCUGCAUGACAAUCACUUGGAGUCCUUCAGUGUGGCUCUGUGCAAGUCCACACUUCAGAAGUCUCUCCAGCUCUUGGACCUCAGCCAGAAUAAAAUUAAAGCGCUUCCGAUCCAGUUUUGUCAGUUGCGAGAGCUCGUUCAUUUAAAGCUGGAUGACAACGAGUUGAUCCGGUUGCCAUUCAGAAUGGGCCAAUUAAGUCAACUGCGCUUCCUGUCAGCAGCCCGCAAUAAGCUCCCUUUUUUACCCAGUGACUUCAGAAAGCUGUCUCUUGAGAACCUGGAUCUCUUUGGAAACCCCUUUGAGCAGCCUAAUCCACUUGUUCCCAGCAUACAGCUAAAAAUACCAUUAACUUUAUUAGAGUCUGCAGCAAGAGCGACAGUAAAUUACAGAAUCCCAUAUGGUCAUCAUCUCCUUCCUUCCCACCUCUGUGAAGACUUGGAAGUGGCUAAAACAUGUCAGUGUGGAAGUGCUUGUCUAGCAAGCUUCAUUCAAACAACUGUGACCAUGAAUCUCCAUCACGUAGCUCAUACUGUGGUCCUUGUGGAUAACAUGGGAGGUACAGAGGCACCCAUUAUCUGCUACUUUUGCUCCCUAACUUGUUAUUCCCAGUUCCUGGAUAGAUACCUACUAAGCAGUAGGUGACCUUGUAGGAGCAACAGAAGCUCUGUGGAAACUUUAUUCAGUGCUGGAGGACUCAGAAACCAACUGCUGCUGGGUUAUCCACGUCGGCUGUUACGACACGGAGACAAACCAUUGAGCGUGCUACAAAUGGUCGACUCUCUCAGACUUAUAAAGCCUUCUCACUAUAAACCUGCUGUGGUCUGUCUGUCCUCUCACAUUUCAUGAGUCUUAAAUACUUACACUUCACUGCAAAGGACAAGAUAGCUCUCAGUUUGGAACUUCUUAAGAAUGUAUUUUGGCUUUUUUGUGUUGUCCAAAGCUUCACAGGUGUUUUCUCCUUAUGCUUAUGCUGUGGACUGAAAUGAAAACACUUUAGUUCCAGGCAAGAAUUCUGGGCACACAUGCUCAACUUUGGGUGCAGCAGUGCUGUGUUUCUAUCAGACCAACUAUUUGUAUGUUUUUAUAACUUUGUCAUUUGAAAGAAAUUGGUUCCGCAGUCACAACCUAAACAGUAUUUCCUGUUACUUUCUAAGCAUCACAGCUGUUUUUAAGGAUUUUGUUUUAAAAUGCCCAUGAUGUGAUUACUUCAUUUAUUAAACACUGAAGUUCUUCCACUU